AUGGCGCCCGUAUCUGCAAUCGAAUACCUCACUAACCCACUAGUCACCGCCGACCAGCUCAUAAAGCUCAAAACACUCGACGACGAAGAUGCCCCCUCGAUUAGAUUCGCUCAAUUCCAGCUCACUUCGGCCGCGGGCAUCCUCCUCCAGCUCAGCCAAGAAGUCAUUGCGCACGCCAUAAUUCUGCUGCAGCGCUUCCUUGUGUCCAGCCGACCAGGAGACCGAGAAGGGUUUAGUCACAAAGCCUACACAGCAGCCUCGAUCCACCUCGCUGCAAAGAUCUCCGCAACACCAGUGUCGCCUCGAUCAGUGAUCAAUGUCUACACCUACUUGAUGUCAAAAAGUUCACCUCUGAGGUUGGUUAACCCAGAUGGUGCUCCCUUGGAGAGCCGACCUCAAGACUAUUAUGUAUCAGAAGGGACAUACGAAAGAGAAAGACAGAGGCUGUUUGUCUGCGAAAGCAUGAUAUUGGCGGGCAUUGGCUUCGAUACCCGAGUCGCCCUGCCAUACACGUUAGCCUUGACAUAUAUGCAAGCUUUAGGGGUUUCGUCGACGAAGCUUGCACAAAGAGUCUUCGAGCACUUAAACGCCGGUUUACUCUCUCCUCAGCUGUUAUACCUCACCCAUCAACCGAACGCGCUUGCCGUGGGAGCAUUAUAUCUGGCGGCACGAGAGAUUGGUGCUAAACUGGUCGAACAGAACUGGUGGGAAGUCUUCGACGUUAAUAGAGAAGACCUAGGGUUUCUCGUUCUAUCAUACGGGAGCGUUGCCAAUUUCGCCGAAGCAGAAGCGUCGAAGUGGAAACAAAAGUCUUUGAUUCUGGACUGA